AUGCUUUACGAACAUUAUUACCUUUUUUUAUUAAUUAAUAGUCAUGCAUUUACAAUCAUAGGAAUUGAAUUAUUAGAAGAUUCUAUUCAACAUAGUACAAGUUCCUGUACUCUUGCUCAAGUUAGUCUAGCUCAACUUAUAGAUGAUAUUGAUUUUCGAAUAUUAACUUAUCUUGAACAACAACAACAACAAUUAAAACAACAGUACCCUGAUAUACGUGUUCGUCAAGCAAUUGCUUCGACUUUUGCUAAUCUUAAAAAAUAUACUAAUACAAAUGAAAGUGAUUUUCAAGCUGCUGUACUCAAUUUACUUGUUCAAUUACUUUUAAUUCGUCAUUUUAUUUAUUGUAUUGCUGAAUUUCUUGUUAUGUUAUCACAUGAUACACUUCAUUCAAAACAAGUUAUUAAAAUACAAGAUUUAAUAAAACAUUAUGAUUCAUUAUUAGCAAGUAGACAUGAACCUGAAACACAUACUUUGGCAGCAUUAGAACCAGUUUUAUAUGAUUUUUUUCUUGUUCAAGUUAUGCAAAUAAUUAAAAUUCCUAAAACGUUUUAUUCAAUGAGAGAGUUGAAUGUUUUAAACUAUUAUGAUUAUCAUUUUAUAUCUCAUUAUUAUUACAAUGGACACAUUCUGAAUAUGCUUGAUUAUACACAAGAAGAAUACUGGUCACCGAUAUUAACACCAUCAUCAUUAAUAACACAUUUAUCUAUAAGUGGUCAAUUACAAUCUUAUUGUGAUUUAAUAGAUCAUCAUGAAUUAUAUGUUGAACAUUUUACAUCAAUAACAACACAUUAUCAAUUAUUAUUAUUAUUAUUUUUUAUUUGA